AUGACAGACGAAGAGCAGCAUAAAACCUCAACGAGGAGCGCCGCUCGACCUGACAAUGUGGAACCCAAAGACGAAAGCGCCGCCAAGGAGGCCCGACUGCUCGAUCGCUUCACAUGGGCUAACUUCACUUGCACUCAGUCUACUGGCGGCGUGGCCAUUCUCCUAUCCGAAUCCCCCCCAUCAAUUUCGCGGGCUGCAGACUGCCGGUGUCGUAGUCUUCAUCCUCAACCUAGUUUUAGACCUUCCAACUUACGCAAAUCCCUCACAAACCCCCCAGAAGCCUACUUCACAGGCUCGCUAUGGCUCUCGAUGGCGACCAUCAUCAUGUGCAUGCAGCGUUUUGGUGCUCCUCACGCCGGUCCUUGGGUCAUCGUCGCCAUCCGGAUUCUCUUCUGGACCUAUGCUGCUAUCACCCUGGCCUAUAACAUCGUCAUCUUCGUUGUCAUGUUUGCCGUUUGUCCCCUCAAGCCUGGAACCAUGAGCCCACCAAUGUUUCUGAUGAUCUAUAAUGCCAUGCUGACCGGCACUGUCGCGUCGUCUAUUGCAGCAUAUCAGCCUCUCUCGCAACGAAUGGCCAUCAUCGUUACCGGCAUUGCUUUUCAGGGUCUUGGGUGGAUCUUGUGCACUAUGUUUCUUCCACUCUUCGUGGGCAACAUGCUUAUCAAUGGUCUCGGCCCGGCAAACCAGAGACCCGGACUCUUCAUAUCCGUAGGUUCAUCAGGAUACACCAUUGUGGCUCUCAUUGGGUGCGCCAAGGCGAUCCCCGACGGUUACGGAUACUUUGCGAAGCACCCUACUGCUUCAGAAACCCUGAACGUCAUGGCAUUGUGGAUAGGUAUAUUCCUUUGGCUCUUUACAUUCUGGCUUUUCGCGAUUGCGCUGGUUGCUCAGUUGCCCAUUAUGAUCCCCAAGCGCGUCAAUAAUAUGUUGCAGCCAAAGAUGAGUUUCACACUUCCUUGGUGGGCCAUUAUAUUCCCCAAUGUUGGCUUCACAAUUGCCACGAUCCGCAUUGGCGAGGAGCUGGAAUCGAAUGCCAUAGCUUGGGUGGCAACGUUCAUGACUAUACUAGUCUUUGCAGCAUGGCUCAUGGACUUGUUUCUGCAUCUGAAGUCAAUAUUUCAAAGACGCAUCAUGUAA